AUGCAGCAGUCAACUCCUCGCAUCAACGCGAUCUCGAAGCAGAUCCAGCCUCAGAAGGACGAGAUCCUGGAGAUCUCAAUUGACGAGGCCGACCAAAGAAAGGUAAUCCGAGUCGUUGCAUUCCUCUCCGACGAAAUUCAACGCGCGAUCAUCGACUUUCUGAAGAAGAACAUGUCCACGUUUGCAUGGACCACCUCAGAUAUGAAUGGUAUCAACCCCACCAUCACGUCCCACAAGUUGAAUGUAGAUCCGACUAUCAAGCCCAUCCGGCAAAAACGAUGUAAACUUGGUCCUGAGCGAAGCAAAGCCGUCAACGAGGAAGUCGAGCGACUGCUCGCAGCCGGCUCUAUCGCGGAGGUUCGAUACCCGGAAUGGUUAGCCAACCCAGUUGCAGUUAAGAAAAAUAACGGAAAAUGGCGCGUCUGCGUCGACUUAACCAAUCUAAACAACGCCUGCCCGAAAGACAGUUACCCGCUUCUGCAUAUCGAUCAACUAGUCGAAACGACUGCUGGAAACGAACUACUAACCUUCAUGAACGCCUUCUCAGGAUAUAACCAGAUCAUGAUGCACCCGGAUGAUCGAGAAAAGACAGCAUUCAUCACGGGCCGGGGGACAUACUGCUACAAAGUAAUACCGUUCGGCCUCAAGAACGCAGGAGUGACUUAUCAACGAGUCAUCAAUCGAAUGUUUGCCAACAAACUUGGAAACACGAUGGAAGUCUACAUUGACGGCAUGCUGGUUAAGUCACUUCGUGCGGCGGACCAUCUCAAUCACCUGAGGGAGUGCUUCAAGAUGCUGAACGAGUACGGGAUGAAACUCAACCCAGCAAAAUGUACCUUCCGCGUCACCUCGGGCGAGUUCUUGGGUUACAUUGUCACCCAGCGAGGAAUCGGGGCAAAUCAUACCCAGAUCACUGCGAUACUUGACCUCCCCAGCCCAAAGAACAGGCGAGAGGUCCGGCGACUGACCGGAAAAAUCGCGGCGCUUAACCGUUUCAUCUCUCGAUCUACUGACAAGUGCCUUCCAUUCUACGAGUUACUACGCGGUAACAAACGUUUUGUCUGGGAUGAGAAGUGCGAAGAAGCAUUUGGGCAGCUCAAGCAGUAUCUUAUGACUCCUCUCGUGGUGUCCAAACCCGAAGCCGGUGACACUCUCUCUCUCUCUCUCUAUAUCACGGCCUCUUCUACAGCAGUGAGCAGCGCCCUCAUCCGAGAAUAUCGAGGCGAACAAAAGCCUAUCGUCUGCACGAGCAAGCGGAUGACCGACCAAGAGACUCGAUACCCUACACUCGAGAAAAUGGCCCUUGUCGUUAUUACUUCAGCGAGGAAACUACGUCCUUACUUCCAAUCGCACACGAUCGAAGUACUGACGAUUCAACCCCUUCGCACCUCACCAACAGGCGAAUUAAUCAGGCAGUCGUUAAGCUUUGGUUUCACCGCUUCGCACAACGAAGGAGAGUACGAGUCGCUCAUUGCAGGAUUACGACCUGCUAAGGCGGUCAAGGCAAAACGGCUCAGUACAUACUGCGACUCGCAACUCAUCACUAGUCAGUUCAGCGGCGACUACGACGCCCGCAACAAGCGAAUGGACGCCUACCUUAAAGUUGUCCAAACACUCGCUAAGGACUUUGAGUUCUUCGAACUUACCAAAGUUCCUAGAGGGGAAAACGUGUGCGCCGACGCCCUCUUCGCCUUAGGCAACAGACGACGACAUCAAGUUAAACGAACCAUCCCGAUCCAUAAGAUCGACAAACCGAGCAUCGAGCUAACAUCCGAAGGAAUGACCAUCGUGGCGGCCAUAUCCGAAGCUGUUCCAAUGGAAGACGACUCCGCGACAGAACAAAUCGAUACCCCCGAUUGGAGGACAGAUUUCAUCGACUACCUUGUCGAUUUACCCCCCGAGAAGUGGAUCGCGAGACGACUCAAAACACGAAGUGCUCACAACGUCGUCUUGGAUGGAGAGCUCCACCGAUGGACCGCAACUAAAGUACUCUUGAAAUGCAUCCAUGGCGAAGAAACACGUCUCGUCAUGGCUGAAACGCACGAAUGCGCCGCAGGAAAUCGUUCUGGAGGACGAGCACUCGCAUUAAAAGUCAAAAGCCUCGGCUUUUACUGGCCAACGAUGAACACGGAAGCUCUUGCGGACAAUGACGGCUCCGUACCCUUUCAUGCGAUGGGGAAUGGACAUAAUCGGGUCUACGCAAGCUCCCGCCAUAAGGGUUUCGUCCUAGUCUUAACCGACUAUUUCAAGAAAUGGAUUGAGGCGGAAGCUUUCGCCAACAUAACAGAAAAAGAGGUCCAAGGGUUCGUCUGGAAGAACAUCAUAUGUCGCCACGGCCUGCCUUACGAGAUAGUGACCGACAAUGGCUCGCAGUUCAUAUCGAACAAGUUUCAAAAAUUCUGUGAGAGGUGGAGAAUCCGCCUCAACACAUCAAGCCCGAGAUACCCGCAAAGUAAUUGUCAAGCCGAGGCGUCUAACAAGAUAAUAAUCGACGGACUGAAGAAACGCCUCGACUUGAAAAAGGGAUGUUGGGCCGAUGAACUCGACGGCGUCCUUUGGUCGCAUAGAACGACUCCUCGAGGAGCGACUAAGUCAACUCCUUUCUCGAUGGCCCAUGGAGUCGAGGCUAUGGCUCCCGCAGAGGUGAAUGUAACCAGCCUACGAUGA